AUGAAUCGCUUAGAGUCGAACCUCCUCGACGAAAUUCUCUUCAGACUAAACCCCAAAUCUCUGGCCAUGAUGCGAUGCACGAAUAAGUCUAUCGACUCGCAGAUAUCCAAACCGGGUUUCAAAUCCGAGUACUUGAACCGGGCCGGAUCCAGUUUGCUUCACGCCGCCAAAAGCGGCUCCUCGUUGGCAUGCUAUCACGCUUUCGGCGACCCGAGUACAUUCCAAGGCCACUUAGAGAGCCGGUGUCGCAUCCUCGGUUCAUCUUCAGGCCUUCUCCUACUCUUUGUCGACAAAUGUUUCUGCGUCGCGAAUCCCGUCACGAAGAAGUACCUGUUCUUGGAUAGCUCCGUACAUAGAAGUACGGCGAGCAUCGGGUUCGCGGUCGAUCAAAUCGAUCACAACACCCAGAGCUUCAAAGUCGUCUGCGUAGACGAUUUCGAUCCAGGAGAAAUGGGGUUCGAGAUCGGCACCGAUAAUUCAUGGAGUUUGUCAAACACCUCGAUGACUUGGCCCUUAAGCGAUCUCGUGGAGGACAUGAAGCCUGUUUACUUGGACGGAGCUCUUCACUGGCUGAGAAAGGACGGGAGCAUCCUAGCUUUCAACCCCGAGACAGAGCAAGCACGAAUGAUCACUCCGACCAAUUUCCCAAACGAACCGGGUUCGAAACUCUUCUUUGGUCUCGGAGAUAAUCGCCUGACGUUGAUAUCGGCGACGGAGGAAACGAUUCGCGUUUUCGCCCUGGAGAGUACCCUCACCGACCCUGAAUGGAUCCUCGCGAGACAGAUCGUGAACAUGGCGGUGGAGCAAGGUGUGACGGUGUCCUGGAACGUGCAUGCGUUCGACGGCAAGUGCUUAGUGGUGAGGACGACGGAUAGAGUUAGAUAUGGCCCACUGCUUCUUGGCUACGACUUGAGAGCGAACGGGUGGAGAUUCUUGGGUUGGAUUCCAGACUUCUGCGAUGCAAAUCGAGAGUUUUGUCUGUUUACGCCGUCGUGGUCUUCUGUGAUCGGAAUGGAGGAUGAGGAGGAGGACAACGGUUGGUGGUUUCCUACAAUACAUAGAUCCAAACGCACCGGCUCAGUGGAGACUGUUAUUGAACUGAUCAAUCGUAAUUUGAAAAUCUAA